GCGGAAGUGAGCGGCGUGGAGGAAGUGGCUGCAGUGAGGGCGGAAGGCGGGGGUGGCGGGACCCGAGGCGAGGUUCUGGGCACUCCUGCCUGUGCCCCCACCGGGCUGUGGCCAUGGAACUCAGCGCCGACUACCUCCGCGAGAAGCUGCAGCGGGACCUGGAGGCAGAGCAUGUGGAGGUGGAGGACACGACUCUCAACCGUUGCGCGACCAGCUUCCGAGUCCUGGUGGUGUCGGCUAAGUUCGAGGGAAAGCCACUGCUCCAGAGACACCGGGAUGCUGGCAUGACAGACACACCCCACCGUAUCCAGUUUUAUCUGAACCCACAUUGUCAGGCUUACCUGGCAAGCACUGGACCCACCGACCACCGUCCCACACUCCCACCCACCGACCACCGCCCCACACUUCCUUUAUUCAUUUGCCGGUCCGUAGCAGAGACCCUGACCUCCUCAUCCUGGUCCUCAGGGGCCUCCGUGCAGCUCAUUAAUCUUAAUUCCUUCAUUGAAGGACAUGCAUUGACCCAGGAGUAAUCCUUUCAAGCCAGGGAGCUGAUUGACACAUGAGAUGCCACAGGAAGAAGACUUAAAGGGAUUAAAGGAGCAGACAGGAAAUCCUCUGAUCAAAAAGAGGCGGGCAUAAUGGCACCCACCUACAAUCCCAGCACUGUUGAAGAAGCAGCAGGAGGAUCACAAGUUCAAGACCAGCCUGGGCUGUGUAGCCAGACCUUGCCUUAAAAGGAAGAGGAGGAGGCCAGAGAGGUGGCCCACCAGGUGAAGGCACUCGAGGACAGGCUUGAUGACCUGAGUUCAAUAUCUGGACUCUGUGGGGCAGAAGCGGGGCUCUACAAGUUGUCUGACCUCCACAUGUGCAUAACACACACACACACACACACACACACACACACACACACACACACACACAAGUGUGAAAAAGUUUUGUUUUGUUUUGUUUAAAGAAAAGCCAGAAGGCUGCUAUAACUCGUAUGGACACUAUUAGGUUGGCUGCAAGUGCAUUGAGCUGAGAUUACAAAACAGGUUACCAGCAGCAAAAAGGCCACAGCUAUAUUUGGAAGAAGGAAGAGACUGACCCAGUACUUGGGGUGGAUGGUGUAAUAUCAACAGAUGACCAAGAGGAAGCAGGACUUCGCAACUUUCGUCUUGUUUGUCUUUUCAACCAGAAGAAGAUAGUCGGGAUUAAAAUGACUUAAGAUAGCAGUUAGGGGCCGGGGUCAAAGCGACUGCCAGCACAAGCAAGGCUGAUUGCUCCCCAGAAGAAAGAGAAGCAGCAGCAGCAAACCAACUAACAAAAGAGGAGUUGGAGUCAGAGGAAAUGGAGUCCUUAAAGGAGGGGGUGAGGGCACUAACCCCAUCAAAACGUUCUAGACCACAGACUUGGACCGGGGUCUCCCUCUAGAUCCCGACAGAAGCUGUGUGCAGACUUGCAACCAUUGUAGACAAACUUGGAGAGAUUUGAAAAAAACAAAAAUAAUGAGGAUGACAACUGCUGUUCUGCCGUGUGCGCAUAAACUAUCCUAACUGCUUCAGCCAAGAGCUUUUGGUUUCUGUGUGCCUGGUGAUCAUCUGUUAGCAGCACAGUGUCCCCGGUGAUCUGUUAGCAGUGCAGUGUCCCCGGUGAUCAUCUAUUAGCAGUGCAGUGUCCCUGGUGAUCUGUUAGCAGUGCAGUGUCCCUGGUGAUCUGUCAGCAGUGCAGUGUCCACGGUGAUCUGUUAGCAGUGUAGUGUCCCUGGUGAUCUGUCAGCAGUGCAGGGUCCCUGGUGAUCUGUCAGCAGUGCAGUGUCCCCAGUGAUCUGUUAGCAGUGCAGGGUCCCUGGUGAUCUGUCAACAGUGCAGUGUCCCUGGUGAUCCGUUAGCAGUGCAGUGUCCCCAGUGAUCCGUUAGCGGUGCAGUGUCUCUGGUGAUGUUAGCAGUGCAGUGUCCCCGGUGAUCCAUUAGCGGUGCAGUGGUGCAGUGUCCCCGGUAAUUCGUUAGUGGUGCAGUGUCUCUAGUGAUCUGUUAGCAGUGCAGUGUCUCUGGUGAUCUCUUAGCAGUGCACGGCAGGAACAGUAGGAAGUUGCAUGAGCUGAUUGACUUCACUUCCCUUUCUCCUGCAUUGCCACAGCGGUUCUCCAGGACUGACAGGAGAACUCCAAGGUCUCCCUUUGCUUUCUGUCUUGAUCUCAGGAAGAAAUAAAGUCUUCUGGGAAACGCAGGUGACAUUCAGAAACAUGAGCACGGGCAUAGCCAUUUGGUGGCUCCCCAACAGUUUGAACUUAGACAAGUGUGGUGGUGCACGCCUGGAAUCCUAGCUCCUGAGAGGCAUGGGCAGAGGAGCUGCACCUUCAGAGCCAGCCUGGACUAGGUAGGGAGACUCGACUUCAAAACCUACCACAUCAGCUGGGCCUGCUGCCAAAGGCCUGAACUUCCAGCUGCUCAGGAGGCCAAGGCAAGGGAACACAGCUUCAAGGCCAGCUUGGACUCAGGACGAUUCAAGAGUAUGCUGGGUGACUUAUCAAGGCCCAGUCUCAAAACAAAACAGCAAAGAUCAGGAGUUCAAAGUCAUCCCCAGUGACAUGGCGAGUUAAGACUAGCCUGAGCUAUUUGCCUGGAAAAAAACAAAUAAAUAAGCAAACAAAAUCAAAGUCAAAAGUUGCAGCUAAGUAACUGAGCAUUGCCUAGCUUGCAUGAGGUUUAAAUUUCCAGGACUAGAAAAACAGAAGCAAGAGCAAUAAUCUGGCAGGGCAUGGUCACCCGUGCCUUGGCGGAGGCAUAAGAAUCUGAGUCUGAGGCCAGCCUGAUCUACAUAAUGAAUUCAAGGCUAGCCAGAGUUACAUAGUGAGGCCAUGUCUCAAAAAAAAAAAAAAAAAUGGAUUGUAAACUAAGCUUUAUAGAGUCAGCAAAAAUAUCAAUGUAAAGACCUAUGGGAAUUCAUUCCUUAAUAAAAAUAAUGAAAAAAAACAAACUCAAAAUCAACUUUGCAAACUGAAGGCCAGCCAAAGACUGGCAACAACUUGAGGAAUACUUAUUUAAGAAGGAUAGCUGAGGUGCUGGAGAGAUGGCUCAGCAGUUAAAAGCACUGGCUGCUCUUCCAGGGGAACCAUGUUCGAUUCCCAGCACUUACAUGGUGGCUCAGAACCAUCUGUAAUACCAGUUCCAGAAGAUUUGAUGCCCUCUUCUGGCCUCCUGGGGCACCAGGCAUGCAUGUAGUGCCUAGUCAUACAUAUAGGCAAGAUACUCAUUCUUAUAAAAUGUAUAAAUAAACAAAACAUUUGAACAAAUAGCUGAAUCGUGAAUGUUGGUAAAGACCUUUGUGGGGUUUUUUUUGUUUGUUUGUUUGGUUUGGUUUGGUUUUUGACAAGUUCUCAUUAUGUAGCCCUAGCUGGCUUCCUAAAUGCUGAGAUUAGAGGCUUGGGACACACA